CAAGAUUGGGCUACUCGUUCAAAAGUUACAGCCCUUUGAAUUUUUUUCUAGUCGUUAACUUUUGAUUGAGAAGUCUGAUUGCGAGUUGCGACCAGAGACAUGUAUAAACAACAUUCCUAACCUCAAAUAAAUUUGAAUGGUUGUGAAUGUCUGAAAAGUCAAGACUGUGUUCCAAAUAAUGUUGUUAUUAAGAAAUAGUAAAAUGUUUUUAUUUACUAUACGUUACAGCGGGGUUCCGCUUUUAGAAAACUAAUAGCGUACAUUUAUCUGUUUCAUAUUUCGUCCUACCCACAUCUUGCAAUGGCACAUUUACCCCACAGAACAUCUAUAUUACAAGACCGUCUACAAAAAUUGAAGAACAGCGAGGCAAAUUGUAGAAAAAUAUGGCAACAGUACCAAAUUGUUGCGAAGUACUAUGAAAGUAAUCCAGUUGGUCCAUGUCCCUUCUCCAUAACUGAAUUACAUAAAAACACUUUUCGAACCAAGACAGUAAAAAUUAACAACUCUAUAUUUGAGGUGUUGCGAAAGCGUAUGUUUGAGUUUCAGCAAGAUAUCUCUAAAAUCAAUGUUUUAAAUAAACAAUUUGAUGUAGAAACGAAAAAGUUUCUAAAGCAUCUCGGUAAAAGUAAAAGUAAUUUUAUAGAAUACAGCAUUGUGGCAAUGCAAUGGAGAGAAACUGUCUGUUGUCAAACUGGAUAAGCAAUUCUGAUUUAUCGGUCAAUUUGGAUCAGGACACAACUGCAUUUAAAACAACCAUAAUAUUUGACGAGUUUCUGUGUCAAUUUUAUAUUUAGUAAUAGAUACUUGCUACACGUUUUAAAUGAGUUUUCAUACAAGACCAUUCAACAAACACUCCUUAAACUACAAAACAAAUGAUAAACAUGUACAUGAAGCGCUGGAUAUCUGCGAAAUGCAAGAGAGUAUCAAGCAUUCUUUGCUUUGCACAGCGCCAAAGUGUUAUGAAAGAAGCCCAAGCGUUAUACCAUUUCAUGUACCUCACAAAAAGCUUUUAGAAAAAAUAGAAAGCAAGCGGCAAGAAAAGGAACCUUUGACCGGCUAUUUAAAUCGACAAAAUGCGUUGUGUAAACAUAAAACAUUUUUUGAGGACAGUUCAACAAAAAAAAGAUCACGUCUUUCGUUAGACAAGCAUAAGUCUAAGGUACUGUUUGCCUCUCCCAGAGAUCUUAUUAGAACACCAAGAGUAGUAGGCAGUACCUUUGUUUUGCCACAUCAUCGCUUGCCAGAGGUUGUUGAUCAAGCCGAAUUAAUAAAGCAGUUCAAAGAGGAAAAGGGUGGCUUCUUUAUUUAUAUGAUUUAUGCAUGUCCCAGGUCGUCAGAAUAUUAUACACCCUACGCUUUAAAAAUUGUUCCGUACAAAGAAAUUGAUAAAUCGAACUUUAUGACAAUGAGUUCGCAUGGAGUAAUGCAACAUGUAGGCACGGAGGUAGUAUUCACCCAUUUGCAUAAGUGGGAAUUGGAAUACAAUAUGUACUGCAGACUAAUGAAAAUUAAAUCGUUUUUUAAUUUUCGAUUGUGGAAGACAUUUUAUGUUUGGCGAAAAGGAAUCUUGUAUAAGAAGUUCCAGAAGGCGGCCACCUUCUUGAACGGUAACUUAUUCAUGCUUCUUCCAUCCCUGCGAGUGGCCCUUAUCGACAUUCAACACUUGUGUUACGUUACUGCAGGCUUAAAUUUUAUGGAUGUAUCUACGAUUAAAAAUUGGCACCUUUUCUACUUUAUUGAGGCGCAGAUGGAAAAAUUGGAAAUGGUAGUUCAUAAGUUGAAAGAAUUCCGAGAAGUUGUAAGGGAAAUAGUGGUAAAUGCGUGUCAUGGUGCGUUAUUGGCGCAAGGUUUCGUGGUCAAUGAAUAUUUGCUAGAGGACGGUCAAGGCAAAAAAAAAGAUCGGACUCUUAAAUUAUCGUAUAUUGAGCAAGCAAAGAAAGGAAAGUUUUGUCUGCGGCUCACGUGUUUCAUAACGCUUGUCGAUUAUAUGAUAAUAAAUAUGCUGCAUAACGUGACAAUGACAUCCUUUGUUGAACUAAUGGACACCUUCAAGCAACACUUAGAUUACUUACCCAGCCUUGGAACAUCGGAGCUGGCGGAAUACGACACGAGAAUUGAAAAACCAAGACCUGAAGGAUCAACCGAACUACCCUUGUUCAUUGUAAACGUGGUCGCGGGGUCCUGUGAAAUGGGUACGGAGCCCUGUUAUGAAACUGCCGAAGGAAUUUUCCAACAAAUCAUUGCUCUGUGGAUACAAUCUGUGAAAGACAUUAGGCCACUAAUUGCUGAUAGUGUGUACGAACCAUUCACAAAUCCUAUGAUAAAUGGGAAAAAAGAAGAUAGGAUAUGCGGUUACGGCCCACCCAUUUCUUUUUAUCUAGAAGACGAUGAGCAUCUGCAAAGCGUGCAGCAGGAAACUUUUAACUUGUUGAAGUUUAACUACGAAGCCGCUCAUGUUUACAUUCAAAGGCUUGAGCCAAUUCGAACAUUUUUUGCUGCUGACCUCGGUACUACAGCAGAGACCAUCGAAAAAGAAAGAGUACUGGAAGUUUUUAGAGGUUGGUGCACUCGUUAUCAUAAAGAAGUAGAAAUUGUCAAUACUGUGAUCGAUCUACAACCGCUUGGAAUUUUAUAUAUGAAUCAAAAAUUAUUCAAACAAACCAUUUUACCGGAACCCAAAAGACUGAUUAAUAUAAUCGAACAUACAAUGCCUUGCAUUGGUAAAGAUAAGGUUAAUGGCCUUCUCCAAGAAGCAGAAGAAUCCCAACUAUUUUUGGAGGUUCCUCCUACAACAACUCUCGAAAUUGUCGAUUAUCUGAUGUUUGUGGAGAAGGCAGUGUUGAGGAUGGACGAGAUGGAACUGGAACUGGAGUACUGUAAAGAAUUAUACGAUAUUAUGGAAGAGUUUCGUAUCAUGAUUGAUCCGGACGAAUUAUCGAACUAUUUAGGUCUCAGUAUAAACAUAGGUAAUCUACGAAAUUUAGUUGAUAAAAAGAACGAAGAACGACCUACAACCAUAAAGAAAUUGAACGAUCAGUUGAAUAAAGAUAUUAGCAACUUAAUAUCCGAAGUGGGAAUUAUCAAGGAUGAGUGUCUUGAACCGUGGUUAUAUGACAUAGAAUCAGAUGCCAAGGAAGCCACUAAUUUUCUUGACACAUUGUAUACUCGCCUUAGUGCUUGUCAAGGUCGCGCCGGAGAAUUCAAAUCCUACCAGAAGCAGUUUAGGAUGGAAGUCACCAGAUUUGAUAUGCUGGAUGAAGUAAUGAAUGAUUUGAAGCUACGCAUGCUGCUAUGGGAAAGUCUAGAUUCUUGGCAUAAAGAAGUUAAGGAAUGGUACACGACAGAUUUCCAAACAUUAAAUACGGAGGAAAUGAAUUUGUUUACGGCCAAGACCGUUAAAAAUAUAACGCAGCUCGAAAAGGGACUUCCGAGGAACUUAAUUCUGCCAAAGUUAAAGGACGAAGUUGAGCUGGUGAAGAAUAAGCUUCCUACCAUUACGUAUCUGCGCAAUCCGUCUUUGCGUCAAAGACACUGGCUCAAAAUUGAAAAUGUGCUCAAUCAUAAAUUCAAGGCUGAAGAAAUGAUUACCUUGACGAUGUUAGAAGAAUUGCGUGUGUUUGAUUAUCCCGACGAAAUUAUGGAAAUAUCCGGUCAGGCUAGUAGCGAGGCCGGACUUGAAUUGCUACUCAAAAAAGUCGAAGAAAGUUGGAAAACAAUCGAGUUCUCUGUUGUGCCACAUCGUGACGCUAAAGACGUGUACAUUUUGGGUUCGCUUGAAGAAAUUCAGGUGGUAUUGGAUGAUAGUAACAUUAACAUCGCUACAAUUGCUAGCUCUCGUCAUGUUGGACCUAUUAAACCUCGUGUGGAGGAAUGGGCGAGGCUACUAGACCUAUUUUCUCGAACAUUGGACGAAUGGCAACUCUGCCAACAAAGCUGGGUUUAUUUAGAGAUAAUAUUUUCGGCGCCCGAUAUUCAGCGUCAACUUCCCUCAGAAGCGAAAAUGUUUUUAAUUGUGGAUAAGUCGUGGAAAGAGAUUAUGAGACGUACGGCAAAGGUUCCUUUGGCAAUUGACGCAGCUACGUACCCCGGCUUGCUAGAGACAUUCAUUAAAAACAAUGCGCUUUUAGAGCAAAUUAUGAAAUGCCUCGAAUCAUAUUUAGAAACUAAACGUGUAUCUUUCCCACGAUUCUAUUUCUUGUCCAAUGACGAAUUAUUGGACAUUUUGGCGCAGACUAGAAAUCCGUUCGCCGUUCAACCGCAUUUGCGUAAGUGUUUCGAUGCCAUCGCAAAGUUAGAGUUUGGCACAAAGGUAGCAAACGAAGAAGAGGAUGAGGAAGGCACAGGCAAGCAGGAAGUUAUCAUGACAACGGAUAUUAUCGCCAUGAUUAGUCCGGAGGGAGAGAGGGUCGAAUUAGGAAAAGGGCUAAAAGCUCGUGGCAACGUCGAGGAUUGGCUGGGUAAAGUUGAGGAAUCAAUGUUCGUCUCGUUAAGAAGGCGAAUGAGGUUCUCACUUGAGCACUAUUUUACGUUGGCACGCGAGGAUUGGGUUGUUUGUCAUCCGAAUCAAAUUAUUCUGACAAUGUCUCAGGUGAUGUGGGCACGAGAUGUUCAUGCCAUCCUGGAUGGAAAUGGCAAUAAGCUAUCCGAACUUCCGAUGUUUGAAAAGAAGUGCAUCAUUAACCUGAACAAACUCGCUGGCCUGGUGCGCAAAGAUUUGACGCCAGUCGUACGAAAAAUAUUGGUCGCUCUUAUAACAAUUGACGUACAUGCGAGAGACACUAUCACCAGCAUGGCAAAAAAUAAAGUGCAAUCGAGUAUCGAUUUCGAAUGGUUGAAAAUGAUUCGAUAUUAUUGGCUCGAAAGUAUCGAUAAUUGUGUAGCACGUAUGUCAAGCGCCGAGCUACCAUAUGGCUAUGAGUAUCUGGGGGCCGGUGGUGUUCUGGUGAUCACUCCACUUACCGAUAAGUGCUAUUUGUGUUUAAUGGGAGCAUUACAGCUUGAUUUAGGUGGUGCACCUGCUGGACCAGCCGGCACAGGAAAAACUGAGACGACAAAAGAUUUAGCCAAAGCUCUAGCAAUUCAGUGCGUCGUGUUUAAUUGCUCGGAAGGUUUAGACUAUAAAAUGAUGGGACGAUUUUUCUCCGGUCUAGCCCAAUCGGGCGCUUGGUGCUGCUUUGACGAAUUUAAUCGUAUCGACAUUGAAGUACUAUCCGUAAUUGCACAGCAGCUGAUAACAAUACGAAAUGCGAAAGCGGCGAAAUUACAAAGAUUUAUGUUUGAAGGAAGAGAAAUUAAGCUGGUGCAGAGAUGCGCCGCGUUCAUUACUAUGAAUCCCGGAUAUGCGGGAAGAACGGAGUUACCUGAUAAUUUGAAAGCACUCUUUAGACCAGUUUCCAUGAUGGUCCCGGAUUAUGCUUUAAUUGCCGAGGUAACUUUAUACUCGGAAGGUUUUGAGUCAUCCAAAAUAUUAUCGCAUAAAAUGGUUCAAAUGUAUAAGCUAUGUAGCGAGCAAUUGUCUCUACAAGAUCACUAUGAUUUUGGAAUGCGAGCUGUAAAAAGUGUAUUGGUAAUGGCCGGUACACUUAAGCGUGCGUCUCCUGAUCGUAACGAGGAGAUUGUGCUGAUAUGCGCCUUGCGAGAUAGUAAUCUACCUAAGUUUUUGACGGACGAUGCAGUGUUAUUUCAAGGUAUAUUGAGCGAUCUAUUCCCCGGUGUAACACUACCGGUUCAAGAGUAUGGGGACUUUUUAGUCGCAAUUGAAAACAGCUUGGAGGCGCAAAACUUACAAACCGAGGCGUCUAUGGCUAAAAAAAUAAUCCAGUUAUACGAAACCAUGAUCGUACGUUGGGGAGUUAUGUUAGUCGGUCCUACUGGUGGAGGAAAGAGUUCGAUACUUUAUACCUUAAAACUGGCGUUGGAAAAAAUGCAUCACGACGGAUUUGAAGGUCCAUACUACAGACCUGUUCAUACAUAUAUUAUGAACCCUAAAGCCGUAACCGCCGGCGAGCUGUACGGUGAAGUUAAUCCAUUUACACUAGAAUGGCGCGAUGGCCUAAUGGGAAUAAUGGUGCGCACAUCUGUUCAGGUAUAG